ACAUCUUCUCCUUCUAUUCGAUCGAUUUUCCCAGACGCCAUGGCUACACGCGUGUUAUUGUCGUCGAAGGUGAUAUUAGCACUAGUUCUCGCGUCCCUCUUCUCCCUCCCGCGCCAUGGCCGCGCUCUGGAGCUCAUGAACUGGUCAUGCAACAACGGCAGCGCCUAUGCCGCGAACACCACCUACGACACCAACGUCCACAGCAUCCUCGCCACGCUGACCGCCCGCACACCCAAUACUACCACCGGCUUCGCCACCGCGACCACUGGGCGCGGCACGGACACGGAGGCGUGGGGCCUCGCGCUCUGCCGCGGCGACACCGACCGCGUCGGGUGCGCGUCCUGCCUCGCCGCGGUGCCGGCCGUCGCCUUCAACGAGUGCCGGGGCGACAUGGACGUGACCGUGUUCUACGACCGCUGCCUCGCCCGGUUCUCGUACGUGGACUUCACGGCGAGGCCCGACAACACGGAGGUCCUGAUCGGGAGCCCUAGCGCGGACCGCAUCACCGCCGACGCCGGCCACUUCGACGCGCUCGUGGCGGACCUCGCCGGCGCGCUGGCCGACUGGGCGGCGUACAACUCGACGUUGAGGUACGCCGCUGGGGUGAUGACCUCCGGCGACGGCUUCAUGUCGACGACGGAGGACAUGGUGCACAACAUCUACGGUGUGGUGCAGUGCACGCCCGACCAGGCGGCGGCGGCGUGCCGGGCGUGCCUGGAGGCGCUCAGGGUGGACAUGCCCAAGGUGUUCGCUGGAAAGAUGGGAGGGAGGUUCAACGCGGUGUGGUGCAACCUUAGGUACGAGACCUUCGUCUUCUUCGACGGCGACCCUUCGGUGAAGCUCGUCGCGCCGCCAGUUGUUCCGGAGGAUGGAAAGAGGAGAAGCAGCCCCGAAAAUGCAGCAGCAGUUGUUGGAGCUGUCCUUGGUGCUUUAGUCAUCCUUCUGUCUCUGUUCAUCAUUUACCUCUGGAAAAAAUUACAAGCAAAACAAUAUGCUGCUGACAAAAAUGUUGACUCAGGCUCACUUCUAUUUGAUCUGGCAAUAAUAAGAAAGGCAACAGCUAAUUUUGCAGAACACAACAAGCUUGGGCAUGGUGGAUUUGGAGCAGUAUACAAGGGGUUCUUGCCAGAUGUAGGUGAAAUCGCUGUGAAAAGGCUUGACAGGACAUCGGGACAAGGCCUUGAACAGCUGAGGAAUGAGCUCUUGUUGGUUGCCAAACUCUGGCACAACAACCUUGCAAAGCUUCUAGGUGUUUGCAUCAAGGGAGAUGAAAAGUUACUCGUGUAUGAAUUCCUGCCAAAUCGAAGUCUCGACACUAUCCUUUUUGACCCACAGAAGCGAGAACAAUUAAGCUGGGAAACGAGAUACCAGAUCAUACACGGGACAGCACGAGGCCUACUCUAUCUUCACGAGGAUUCCCAGAUAAAGAUCAUACAUCGCGACCUCAAGGCUAGCAAUGUGCUGCUAGACUCCAACAUGAACCCAAAGAUAUCUGACUUUGGCUUGGCGAGGCUCUGUAGUGGAACAAAAACUACAAGUAUCACAAGCCAAGUCGUCGGGACACUGGGUUAUAUGGCACCAGAGUAUGCAGUGCUUGGGCACCUGUCAGUCAAGGUUGAUGUCUACAGCUUUGGUAUCUUAGUAUUGGAGAUUGUGACCGGAAGGAGGAAUACCGAUGUGUUCGACGCAGACGAAGAAUCUAGCAAUCUACUAAGCUAUGUAUGGGAUCAUUGGCAGAAAGGGAUACCACUGGAGAUCACUGACACGUUGCUGCUGCUCAGCGGUAGCCGGGGUUUGCAGGACAUGGAGCUGCUCAAGUGUGUCCACAUCGGGCUCCUCUGUGUCCAGGAGAACCCGGCAGACCGGCCGACAAUGCUGAGUGUCCUUGUCAUGCUUCAGGAUGUUGACACCACCAAUUUUGCUGCACCAUCGAAACCGGCAUUUACUUUUGCGAAUGUUAGGAACACAACAAGCUCUAGCCCUAGCGCUGCCGCAUUGUCCGCGAAUGAAGUAUCAAUAUCGGAGUUCCAUCCUAGAUAGAACAAAAUAAUUCAUUGGUGCCACUCUGAAAUUACCACUUUAGAAAUAUGCAACUUCAUAGUGGCAUUGCCUUAAGCUCAUAUCUUUUUUAACCAAUUUGCAUUCCAUAUUGCUAAUUAUAUUGGCACAUAGACAAGAAUGACAUUUUCUACUCCGAGCUCUAGCUAAUCUCAGCACCACAUCAUCCUGUCACCAACUCCCACAACAACGUAUCCUUUCCGCCGAUACAUCCUUAUCAUACAGUUGAUAAUAACGCGUAUGUAGGUUGCCACAGGAAUUGUCUGAGUCUCAAGCCCCCACUUCUCCUUUGCACAGGAGCAGUAUUACUUGGCAUUGAAUGGAAUGAAGACACAUUGUCACCACCCUGAUUUUGGAUGAAACUUAUAGUUGCAUCAGAUAUGUAUAAAAAGUUGGUUAGUUAUAUAUCUAUGACUUGGAGUUGUACUAGGUAUAUUAGAACAUAUGUUAGGCCCAUAUAUCUUAAGUCCCUCUUAAACAUAGUAAAAUAACUGGGCCGGACCAACGAUUGAACCGGAAAAAACCAGAACCAGUAGUCUCACUGGGUAGGUUUGCUUCAAAGAUCGCCCAUGCAAAUGAACUGGUAUAAACCCGGUGAACCGGACGGUUUAUGCGAAAAACUGGUGACCCAGGCUAUCCUAAACUGGCGGGUCGGCUAGUAGAUGGGCCGACCUUCCAAGGCCCACCUCGCUUCCAGCAGCCCAAGUUCAUUUAUUUGCCUAAAAAUGAUAAAAAAAGUGCUCUUUUGGGGAUUCGUUCCCUGGUUGCCAAUAGCAAGGAUGUUCCCAUCACCACUAGCUAGCUUGAGCUCCUUGUUUGGAUAAAAUUAUGCGUAUAACAUGAUGGUUCUGGUUCAGCAUUAGACUGGUUGACCCAGCAGUCCAACCGGUGAACCGAUGAACCGAGGGCUCAAGCAGUUCGAUGACAGGUCCGAUUUUUCUACUAUGCUCUUAAAUAGUGAGGAUCAUCUGCAUAACUAAGGGCAACUAUAGCAUAGGUGAAUGAAUAUAUGGCUUGCCAAUGGUGGUUGAUACCUUUAUUUAAAAAAAUUAUAAUUAUGACUCUCUUAAAAAACACAGUAAUCAUGCUAGCUUGCAGUAAAUCUAGCAUUGAUGGUCAAUACUCCCAUGUAUAA